ACACUCGUGGCCCAAAGUCUGUUCCGACAGGCGGGCGAUCGGGUGCCUUUCCGGGGGACUGACGUCGCCCCUGUCGGCCCUCUCCAGGCUGCUAGCCUCAGGCUCUGCGACACCGCGGCGCAGAGUGGUGGCACUAGGCGGGAACGGGGGUGGCCUCUGCUCCAGGGCCAGCCGCUCCGCGAGCCUGUAAGCAGGACCCGGCACGCCGGGCUGCAGGUGCGGGAGUGGGCGCGGGGCUCAGCCAGCAUCACAGGCGUCUGCCCUCUGCCCCCGCACAGAUGUGUCCCGGCGUGAGCGAGGCCCCGGCGCUCUACGGCCGUGGCUUCCUGACCAUGGAGCAGAUCGCCACGCCGCCACCGCCGGCCGUCAUGGACUACAUCUUCCUGCUCCUGUGUCUGUGUGGCCUGGUGGGCAACGGGCUGGUCCUGUGGCUUUUCGGCUUCUCCAUCAAGAGGAGCCCCUUCUCCGUCUACUUCCUGCACCUGGCCGGCGCUGACGCCGGCUACCUCUGCAGCAAGGCCGUGCUCUCCGUCCUGAACACGGGCGGCUUCCUGGGCACGUUCGCCGCCUACGUCCGCGCCGUGUGCAGGGUCGCGGGGCUCUGCAUGUUUGUCGCCGGCGUGAGCCUCCUGCCGGCCAUCAGCUCGGAGCGCUGCCUGUCGGUCGUCUUCCCCGCCUGGUUCUGGCGCCGUCGGCCCAAGCGCCUGUCGGCCGUGGCGUGCGCCCUGCUCUGGGCCCUGUCGCUCCUGGUCACCACCGUCCACAACUACUUCUGCGUGUUCCUGGGCCACCGAGCGUCCGGCGUGGCCUGCAGGCACAUGGACGCCUUCCUGGGCAUCCUGCUUUUCCUGGUCUUCUGCCCGCUCAUGGUGCUGCCCUGCCUGGUGCUCAUCCUGCACGCGGAGUGCAGGGCCCGGAGGCGCCAGCGCUCCGCGAAGCUCAGCCACGUCGUCCUGGCCACGGUCUCGGUGUUCCUCGUGUCCUCCAUCUACCUGGGGGUCGACUGGUUCCUCUUUUGGGUCUUCCAGAUCCCGGCCCCCUUCCCCGAGUAUGUCACCGACCUGUGCAUCUGCAUCAACAGCAGUGCCAAGCCGGUCGUGUACUUCCUGGCCGGGAGGGACAAGUCACAGCGGCUGUGGGAGCCUCUCAGGGUGGUCUUCCAGCGGGCCCUGCGAGACGGCGCCGAGCUGGGGGAGGCCGGGGGCGGCACGCCCAACACGGUCACCAUGGAGAUGCAGUGCCCCUCUGGGAACGCCUCCUGAGAGGCCAGCGCCCGGGGGGAGGCAGGGGCCGCGGCCUCCAGAGACCUUCUGCCGCAGGACGGGAGCUCGGCCACCGCCCCGGGGCCCAAGUGCAAGGAGAAAAGUCGCUUCCUGCCCUCGCGCCUCCUUCCCCGCGGGCUGGAGGCACUAGGGGCCACCGGGAGACUGAGGAGCCACCUGCAAACGGGCCCCGACAGAUCCCCCCCCAAGACAUUGUCCUCGGCGCCCAGAGGCCUACUGUAUGGAAGUCACCCCGGGCUGGCCAAGGGGAGGCGGGGGGUCACCCAGGCCCGUCCGCCUCCUGCCCCUUCGAAUCUGCCCUCCUUGAAAAUGACACAGCCAGCGCGGUCGCGCCCGGGGUCAGCAGCUGCGCCCCCGCUAGGGCACCUGUUCUCUCCAUUCCAUCCAGUCCAAGCAAUGUCGGGGAGCCGACCUGAGCGCAAUGGUGCUACCUGGGAGAAGGUUCUGGUUAACCUGCCUUGGAGUUCGGUCUAUCUGCACACUACGCCCCAGCCCCCGUCCAGGAAUCCUUUGGGGACUUCAAUGGGGGCGGAGGGGGGGUGGUUUCUGGUCAUGGCAAGCAGCCUGCCGGGACAGAGCUCGGGCCAGCGUGGGCAGAUCGCUCCCUUCUCGGACUCCUUGCGGCCAGCCCCUGGACCCCCUCCGGAGUGCAGGCUGCCAUGUGCCUGGUCCUCGGGGCUCGGCAGACGGGCCAGCAGCCUCUGGGCUCCAGCCCCCGCCUGGGAGCAGGCGCUGGCUCGACCCGGCCACCCCAGCCCACCUCCAAGCACAGUGGCCCUGUGCAGCCCCUGCAAGUUUUAUGGAAGCCAAUAAAUGUAUAUCAAUAAACAUUUUAUAUCGUGCACUGAGCAAGGCUCCCUGCCCUCG